CUUUGCAAAGCGCCUCAGUCCCCUCACAAUAAAACCAUCCACCUCUUCCAGUUAGUUUGCCCUGCUUCGCUUUACCAUGCACAACAGCCAUGUCAGUCAUCUGCUGCUCUCCCUCCUCUGCAUCGGACUGACGGCCCAGUCUGAGCUGGAGACGGAUGAAGUGGUUCCCAGGCUGCUGUCCGGGCGGGAGGCGCACCUGUCCUCCGACCACACUGCCCGCACGCUGCGGCACCGCGGCCAGCGCUCCCUGGACGCGCCAGGGGGAGGACACUCUGACCCGGAUCAUAUAAUUCUGUCACUGCCCGCUUUUGGAAGGAACUUGUAUUUAAGUCUGACGCGGGACAGCGAGUUCCUGUCCAGAGACUUCGUGGUGGAGGAGAGGCGCAGGGACCAGGGCGCAGCGGUGAGCCGCUUGUCCACGAACCAGCUCUGCUUUUACUCCGGCUCCAUCGUCAACCACACAGACUCUCUGGCAUCUGUGAGCACCUGUGGCGGCCUGACCGGGCUUAUUCAGAUCGGGGAGGACAGCCUGUUCAUUCAGCCGGUGGGUGAAAACGACCCAUCGCAGUCAUUCUCCGGACUCAAACACCGGCUGCUGCGACACCGACGCUCUGCCAAGACUGGAUCUGCUCCAGAUGCUGACCAGACCAACUACUGUGGGACUGUUCAAGGGAAGAAGAAGGAGAAGAUGUCGAAAGUGGGUGAGGAUGGUCGGGGAAAGAGGAACGCCAUUCGUCUGCAUGAAGCAUACACUGUGGAGACGUUGGUGGUGGCAGACUCGGAUAUGGUGCAGUACCACGGCGCAGAGGCAGCACAGAGGUUCCUACUGACUGUCAUGAACAUGGUCUACAACAUGUUCCACCACCAGAGCCUGGGAAUCCGGAUCAACAUCCGUGUCACCAAGCUGGUGUUGCUUCACAGCCGCCCAGAAAAGCUAAAGGUGGGGCAUCAUGGAGAAAGGUCUCUGGAGAGCUUCUGCCACUGGCAGUAUCAAGAGUUUGGGGGGCCGCGGUACCUUGGCACCAACCACAUUCCUGGUGGAAGGGAUGACAUCCCACCAGUGGACACUGCUGUGCUGGUCACCAGGACAGAUUUCUGCGUUCACAAAGACGAACCCUGUGAUACUGUCGGUAUUGCUUAUUUGGGUGGUGUCUGCAGUGCCAAGAGGAAGUGUGUGUUAGCAGAGGACAAUGGACUCAACCUGGCCUUCACCAUCGCCCACGAGCUGGGACACAACAUGGGAAUGAGCCACGAUGACGACCACGCCACCUGCACCGGUCACUCUCACAUCAUGUCUGGUGAAUGGGUGAAAGGACGAAACCCCAGCGACCUGUCGUGGUCCACCUGCAGCCGCGACGACCUGGAGAACUUCCUGAGGUCCAAAGCCAGUGCCUGCCUACUGCACACAGACCCCAGGAGCCGUUACCAAGUCCGGCUUCCUCCCAAGCUUCCAGGCAUGCACUACAGUGUGGAUGAACAGUGCCAGAUCCUGUUUGGAACCAAUGCCACUUUCUGCAAUGACAUGGAGCACCUGAUGUGUGCUGGCCUGUGGUGUUUAGUGGAGGGAGAUGCAUCCUGCAAGACAAAACUGGAUCCUCCUCUGGAUGGAACAGAGUGUGGAGCAGACAAGUGGUGCAGGGCAGGCGAGUGUGUCAGUAAGACUCCCAUCCCUCAGCAUGUGGAUGGUGACUGGAGUCCAUGGAGCCAGUGGAGCAUGUGCAGCAGGACCUGCGGUACUGGAGUCCAGUUCAGACAGAGGAAAUGUGACAACCCUCCGCCUGGCCCUGGUGGGAGACACUGUCAGAAGGCCAGCGUGGAGCACAAGGCCUGUGAAGGUCCUCCCUGUCCCAAAGGGGCACCAAGCUUCAGAGACCUGCAGUGUCUGUCCUAUGACCGACAUGCUAGCAAGAAGAAGGGCAGCAUGCUGACGGCUAUUAUUAAUGAUGAGAAGCCGUGUGUGUUGUUCUGCAGCCCAGUGGGUCGAGAUGUCCCAGUCCUGAUGGCUGACAGAGUGAUGGAUGGCACGCCCUGUGGACCAUAUGAGGCUGACUUGUGUGUUAACGGGAGAUGUCAGAAAAUUGGCUGUGACGGCAUCAUCGGCUCUUCAGCGAAAGAGGACCGCUGUGGUGUUUGUAAUGGAGAUGGACGCUCCUGUAAGAUAGUGAGAGGAGACUUCAACCACACCAAAGGAAUGGUCACCACUAGGCAGUGUAAGAGGGUAUCUACCUGUGUGAUGGCUAAACCCAGAGCUGUCCCCAAGUGUUUCUCAUGCUACAUCGAGGCUGUGGUCAUCCCUGCAGGAGCGAGGAGGAUCAAAGUUGUUGAGGAUAAACCCUCACAUAGCUUUCUGGCCCUGAAAGACUCCACUGAGAGGUCCAUCAACAGCGACUGGAAGAUCGAGCUUCCAGGAGAGUUUGAGCUGGCUGGGACCAUAGUGCGAUAUGUUAGAAGGGGAUUGUGGGAGAAGAUGUCAGCCAAGGGGCCCACUAAGACCCCCUUACACCUGAUGGUGCUGCUCUUUCAUGACCAGAGCUAUGGAAUCCACUAUGAGUACACAGUGUCUCUGAACACAACUCAGGACAGGAGCAGCGAGGAGCAGAAGGAGCCAGAGUAUCUCUACAUCUGGACGCACAGCAGCUGGCAGGACUGCACUGUCCAGUGUGGAGGAGGUGAGAGGAGGACAGUGGUUUCCUGUAUGAGGAUAGCCAAUAAAACCAUGGAGGUGGUCAACAAUAGCUACUGUCAACCUGAGAACCGACCACACCCCCAAAUACGACUCUGCAACUCUCACCCCUGCCAGUACCGGUGGGUGACAGGAGAGUGGGGAUCCUGCUCCGUCACAUGUGGUAAAGGUCUUCAGCAGAGGGAGGUGGUUUGUGUUUACCACCUACAGAAUGGCUCACUCAUCCACACCAGGGACCUGUACUGCCAAGGAGCAAAACCCCCACCUCUGCAGGGCUGUGAGGGCCGCCUCUGCCUCACCAUGUGGGAGGCUUCAGAGUGGUCCAAGUGUUCAUCAGACUGUGGUCGAGGUGUUCGUGAGCGGACAGUGUCCUGCACAAACCCUCAGGGUCUAUGUGAUCCUCUGUCCCAGCCCACUCAGGAGGAGCCCUGUGAGGACCACUCCAAAUGUUACGAGUGGAAGACUGGAGACUGGUCCAAGUGCUCGUCAUCCUGUGGCAAGGGCCUGCAGUCGCGAGUGGUCCAGUGUAUGCACAAAGUAACUGGUCGUCAUGGCAACGACUGCCCCGUGACGCUGAGGCCGCCGACCUACCGACCCUGUCACCACGGUACCUGCAACGAGAAAAUCAAUGUGAACACCAUCACCUCCCCCAGACUAGCUGCUCUGACCUACAAAUGCAUGGGGGACCAGUGGACGGUGUAUUGUCGCGUGAUCCGAGAGAAGAACCUCUGUCAGGACAUGAGGUGGUACCAGCGCUGCUGUGAAACCUGUAGGGACUUUUACGCCAAGAAAAUACUGCACAAGAGCUAAUGACCAAAUGCACCUAUGUGUCUCCAAAUAGCGCUCCUUUUUGUAAAUGUUUUUAAUAUUGUUAAAUGUUAUAAGAAUACAAUUUCUAUUAUUGAUGGAAUGUUUUGUAUUUAAGUAAGAAAAUGGCGAGUACAUGUAAGUGUACAUUUUAAAUGGGCUUGGAAGCUUCUAGUUUUGAUGAAGACUUGAAAAUGUCCAAUAUUUCUUUUGCUGUACACCAAAAAAAAAAAAAAAGAAGAAAAGAAAAAACAUGCGGGAGC